UACAAGAAUGUACCACCUGUAAAACUUCAAAACUUAGAGAUGGUUCUUGUUGUAACCUGUGUGGUCCUGACGCCCCUGUAAACAUGUGAAUGGUACGUUCCAGUGAUUAGCGCUCAGUGUAAAUUCAGGGAGCGGCAGGGGGAGAAUCACGUCUGAGCAGCGGCGCACACGGAGCGGUAUGCAUAGCAAGAACGGAACGUCUGGAUGUUAAUAACAGGAUCGGACACUUUUGGCGAAACUCGUGAUAAAGAAAUCUUUGUGUUUAAGAUUUAAGCGACGAUAUAAACGUUACGCGUACGGCUUUGACGCACAUGAAAAGACUCUUGUUCGCCGUUUUGGAUUUUGACUUUAAGUAAAGACUUCAAGGUCCAGGAAGACAUCCCACACAAGAAUGUAGAACAAAAGACAACGAAAUAUGUGAUAGCUUACUUCAUAUGGGAGAAUCGUCUGAAGAUCUCUAACUUUACUUACAUCGCCGUAUAAGGAGAGACAUAUUCCUGUUUAUUACCUCUGAAAAACGCGCAAGCUCGGAUUAGUGCGUUUGCUUGAACUGGAAAGAAAGCAAAUAAACAUGUGUAACUUGACUCUCUGCGUUUUGCUCUUCCUCGCGGCUUCAAGCUCAUCUUCCUGUCCUGUCCAUUGCGUGUGUGAAACCACAAUAGUGAACUGUGUAAACCAAGGCUUGAGAUCUAUCCCACAACCUCUUCCCAAAGACAUCACCACACUUAACAUCAAUGGAAACGAUAUAAGGAAUCUAAACAAUGAAUCAUUCCCAAGCCCUCUGGAGCAUUUAACAAGCCUUUAUGUGUCUGGAAGCCAAGUGGAGCAGUUAAACACUAUGGUGUUUGCUAACUUGCCAAGUCUUCGUUUCCUUGACCUCAGCAACAAUAUAAUUGUACAUUUCAGUGCUGAGGCUUUUUCUCAAGACAAUAAGGUAGAGGUUCUGAACCUCAGCAGAUCCUUAUACAAUUAUUCGUAUGUAGGUGUGUUUGCAAAUCUUUUCAAACAGAGCUUACCUAAGGUUUCCCAUCUUGAUUUAUCCAACAACAAACUGGUUCUCCUUCCAGAAGGCACAUUCACAGGUUUGUUGGACCUCACUGUUUUAGAUUUGAGGAACAACUCCCUUGUUUCAAUAAUGAAUGGCACGUUUCAGAACCGCGCACUUGAAGAGUUGGAUUUACGUGAUAAUGCAUUAAAAGACCUGCCAAAUGGUACUCUUGCAGACCUCUGUUUAAUUCCUGAUUUGAGAGUCAGGCUUGCAGGAAACCCCUGGCGUUGUGAUUGUAAUAUUGAGGACAUGUUGAUUUGGUUGAAGAGAUAUGAUCUUGUAGUUGACAAAUUAAAAAUUACCUGUUCUGCUCCGGCAGGGUUGAAACAUGUCUCACUUUUACAGCUAAAACAAUAUCAACUUCCAUGCACCUACACUGGUGAUUUAAAGGGUGUUCUGGAGACCUCCUAUGUCUUCCUGGGGAUGGUACUUGCCCUCAUUGGAGUCAUCUUCCUGCUUGUCCUUUACCUCAACAGAAAAGGAAUCAAGCGGUGGAUCUACAAUAUCCGUGAUGCCUGCAGAGACCAUAUGGAGGGGUACCAUUACAGAUAUGAGAUCAACUCAGACCCACGGCUAGCCAACCUCAGCCUCAAUUCAGAUGUGUGAGGAGACAUGCUGAAUGUUAGAACUGGCUUGCACAACUAGCAUGCAAUGAUUUGAGUCUAGCUUUGCAUGAAUUUAUACAUAUAUGUGUAGAGUUUGCUGUGACAUGCAUUCUUUCUCAUCAGACAGAAUUAGCUGGAUUUUGCAGGCGUCAACCCUGUUAUGCUCGCUGGAUCUAAUUCAUACAUGCUGAUGUGUUGCUAUAAUGUUGUCCAGUGGUGCAUGAAUCGAGAACAAAUUUUUAUUUUUAUAACGAAAGGACUGAAUAGGACUGUGGAGGUUAUCUCUUAUUCUGACGAAAUGCAAGCAUAACACAAACUAUUAUUCAUUGGAAGUUUUUUAUAGCUUAAACUGUCUCUUUUACUAUUCAAACUGGCAUGCAUGUGUUUACGUAUUUUUCAUUGAUGUAAAAUUAUGGUAAUAGCUAGUUUUUUAUAAUCAGUUUCUGGUUUUUACGUUUACAUUUGUUGUCUGUACAUAGAUCAACUCUUCUCUCUGAGAUGCCUUGUUAAAUAAAAGGUCUUGCACUGA